AGCAUCCAGGGAGCAGCGAGCAGCUUUCUCUGGGUUUGUCAAUUUCGUGUACCAUGGACGGGGUCAAUUCGCCUUCGCCAGGGAUAAUCAUAGGCAAAAAUUCUGACCGGCUGGUGAAAGUAGAACAGCCGACAGUUCCGAGAAGUAGCAACACCGGCAGUAGUGCUGAUCAUGGGGUCAGCAUGGCUGAAGCUGUCGCAGCGGAGCUAGCAGCAGCGGAGACCGGAGGCACCGGGGGUGGCCAGAACGCAGUUACCGAUGAACACCUCUACCAGGACCCAGGUUCAUUGAAGUGGAAGAUCUUUGAGGCCGUGGCAAAGGCGAAUGGGCAACGCGCGUUCGAGACUUACUGGUCGGCGCUGCGUGACUUCAUGCACGGAUGGCUCUCCCGCGGCGGUUUGGACGAAGCCCUGGACGCGUCUCUGGGCGCGGACAACCUGCACCUACACAACGAGCUCAUCCUGUGCCUGCUCAACAACGCCCGGUGCCGCUACCUCCCGGCGGACCUCGUGUCCCAGGUUCCCGCGAGCUUCCGCGGGAAGGUGGUGCACACGACGGCGGCGGUGCCCCCGGCCGCCUCUACCGCGACAGCGGAGAAGCCGCCGCCGCCGCCGCCAGCGAUACCCCGUCGCCCCGUCCCCGUUCUGAACGGCGGCAGCUCGGGAAGCUCGCCGCCGUGCGGAAAUAGCGGACUGUCCAACGCCGCCGCCGCCGCGUCGUUGCCUUUCCAAGGGAAGCGGGCGGAGGGACUCCUGUUGAACGCGGAGGGAUACGCCGUCGACGGCGGCAGCUUGUCUGCGGCACCCCUGAAAACCGAGUACGGCAGCGUGGAGAAGCCGGCGACGCAGGCACCAGGCGUGGCAAAGCUGGAGGCGACGGCAGCGAGGAGCGGGUUGACAGCUGCCGUUACGCCCUCGGCAGGGGAUGAUGCGGUGUCAUCCCCGGAGGGAGAACGCCGAAGAGACGACGACCGAAUACCUCGGGGGGAGAGGGGAGGGGUGGACUGCCUCGUUGAGGCGGAGCUGCUGUCGAGGGACGCGCAGCUGCUAGAAGACGAGAUAGAAGCGUCCUUCGGUACAGGCUCGGACUUGUGGCACCCCUGGUCGUCGCGAGAAGAAUGGGGCUCGGGGAGACUCGAACGGAGCAGCUCGCGGGGCGUCAAGAGGCCUGCGCCGCUGUCGCAAGAGACUGACUCGACGGGCUGCUACGCCAACGAGAGAGAUGCGAAGUAUCUGAAGACAGAGAGUGAGGUAGCGGCGGCGGCGGCCGGUGGCGGUGGCUCGGCAGCCAACGGGGCGUUGCAUUGUGCCGGGGCGGCGCCGGCGUUGGAGCAGGCGCCGGCGAGGGCGGCGGCGGAACAGCUUUCGCCCAGCCACCGGUCUCAGCGGGUCCCGGGGGCCCGAGCGUUGGCCCCAUUCCUGCAGGCGGUAACGGCGUCGCAGAAGAUGAAGGUCUCGCACGAAGUGUGUCGGGUCAUGACGGCAGGCGUUAAGGACGGCAUGCCUCCGGCGGUAAACCCUUCCAAGGCCAGCAACGGGGCGGUAGCACCACCAACAGGCGGUGUAAAGAAGCAAGUGGCGGCGGCUUCGCCAGUGACCACCACGCCAACAGCAGCCUCAACCUUGAUGAGCUCGCCGUCACCGGCACCAGCACCAGCACCAGCGGCACGGGAAGUCGUAGGGGAGGCCAGCCGAGGAGGCGUCUUGACGCCGGGACACCUGCAGUUGGCGCUGGAGACGACGCCGAGGUUAGUCGGACCGCCGUCCUCGACCAGAGCGCAGUGGCGGAGGGUGGCGACGUACGCCGCAGCAGGGGGCGGCGUGCACCAGCUCCCCGGUACGGGGAUUAGAGGAACUGCGAGGAGUUCUGGUCCUGCCUUGUAGUAGGCCAGGUUGUGUGGGGGGGGGGGGGGGCGAGUCGUCGUGUGUUGUGCGCGUGUGGUGGUCAAUACUUUGUGGCUUGGUUGGUGCGACUGGGCGGUGGAUGGUUUGUGUCUCUGACGCUGUGUCUUGGGCGGCGGAGGGAGAGGUCAUCUCCCGCUGUGUAUCAAACGAUUCGGUGGCCGUUUGGGCAUGCCGGCGGUGUGCCUAGCGGCACGAGGUCUAUGUGCCGUACGCCACAGACGGAGUAUGACUGUAUCGCAUCCAUUGUUGGACCGGUUUUCAAUGCCAGACUGCUUCACGGCAGGAACGUGUGACGGCGCCGAAAAUGAU